AUGGAGUACGGUGGCGUCUAUGUGGCUGCUGGAGAAUUAGAGAGCUCAGGCGCCCUCCUCAAGGAGGCUGCUGGCUACACUGAGGGCCCUGCUUUCGUGCUGCUCGCUCCAGCAGAGACCAUCAAGGGCGACGAGAACUGGACAUCCUUCAGGUACGAUCCCCGCAAGGAAGACAAAGGCCUGCCUGCCUUCUCCACAGACAGCGCGCGCGUCCGUCAGGAGAUUCAGGGCUUCCUUUCCAGGGAGAGUCUGCUGACACUGAUCGCAAAGAAGUCGUUGCCUUCUGCCACGGCUGCCAACGGUGGUGAUGCCGCUGCCCUUAGCGAAGGCCUUGCUGCGGCCUCAAAGACCGUUACUAUCCUCUACUCCUCUGACACUGGCCACGCUGAAGAGUGUGCUAAAGCUGUGGCGCGUCAGUGCCGCAAUGGUGGCUUCGCCAGCAGCGCAGUUCGAUGUGGGACCAUGGAUUCCUUCGAUGUGGGCGCACUAGCAUCGGAGCCGCUGGUCGUUUUCUGCGUGGCCACGGCGGGCAAAGGUGAGUUCUGCGGCAAUGGCCGCAACUUGUUCGCCAAGCUUCAGGAGCGGAGCGAUCUGUCCCUCGGCGAGCUGAAGUACUGCAUUUUCGGCCUCGGUGACUCGCACUACUGGGGCAAGGGCACGGAGGAGUCAAAGUUCAACUUUGCUAAACCGGCACGUGACUUGGACGAUCUUCUCGAGAAGAUGGGGGCCCAGCGCAUGAUGCCCACGGGCUUCGGCGACGACCAGGACACUGACCAGUAUCACACUGGCUUCGCCGAGUGGAAGGGCCAGCUUUUCUCCCGUCUUGGUGUUGACAAGGCCGACGCCGCCGGUGGUGGUGACGAUGGCCCAGUGAAGACUGACGAGCAGAUCAAGGUAGAGACCAAGCAGCUGCGUGGUAGCAUGAAGGAAAGCUUGGAUGAUGUCACCACCGGUCAGAUCCCCUUCCAGGACACCAAGCUGAUCAAGUCGCAUGGCAGCUACCAGCAGGACGACCGUGACCUUCGCGAAGAGCGGCAGAAGAUGGGCGUAGAGAAUGCUUUUUCCUUCAUGAUCCGUGUGCGCCUUCCUGGUGGCUUCUGCACAGCGGAGCAGUGGAUCGCCAUGGAUGACAUUUGCCAGAACUUUGCGAAUGGUACUUUGAAGAUCACUACGCGACAGACUUGGCAGGUGCAUGGAGUCUUGAAGCGCAAUGUGAAGGCCACGAUGCGCGCCAUGAACAAGGCCUGCAUGGACACGUUGGCUGCUUGUGGCGAUGUUUGCCGGAACGUGCUCUGCACCUCCCGACCGGAUGUAUGCUCCAAGGAGCUCCAUGCAGAGAUCCUGCACUACACGUACGAGAUUCACGACCACUGCCUGCCUCGAUCCGGCGCCUACCACGAGAUCUUCCUCAUGCAAGGCGCUGAGAUGGCAGAGAAGAUUCAGAUCAUGGGCUCAACGCCGGUCGAGGAGGAGCCCCUCUAUGGGCUCACCUACCUGCCGCGAAAAUUCAAGGUAGCUGUGGCAAUUCCUCCAAGCAACGACGUGGAUCUCUUCGCUCACUGUGCAGGUUUCAUUGCCAUCAUCCAGAACGGCAAGUUGCUAGGCUUUAACGUGGCUGUUGGUGGUGGCCUUGGCUUCACCCAUAACAACCAGAAGACUCAUCCUCGACUGGCAGACGUGAUCGGCUUCUGCAAACCCGGCGACGCGAAGUAUGUGUGCGAGUGCAUCCUCACCGUUGCUCGUGAUUUCGGUGAUCGUACAGGGCGAAAGCAUGCACGGGUGAAGUACACCGUGGAAGACUAUGGCCCAGAGUGGUUCAAGGAGCAGGUGGAGGAUCGUCUGGGAUUCAAGCUCGAGCCUGCCAAGCCUUACAAGUUGGAGCACCGUGGUGACCUGCACGGCUGGGUGAAGGCCAGCGAUGGCACCUGGAGCUGCGGCCUUCUUGUCCCCAUUGGCCGAGUCAAGGAGAGCACCCGCGUUUGCAUCCGCAAGAUCGCCGAAGAGCUGAAGGGCAAGGAGAAGGGUGGUUUCCGCAUGACGUGCAACCAGUCCCUGGUUCUCGAGAACAUCUCUGAGGCCAAGAGACCGAUCAUCCAGAAGCUUCUGGAUGAGUACCAAGUGAUGCACAGCAAGGAGACCACAGUGAGUGGUCUUCGCCGCAACAUGGUUGCGUGCGUCGCUCUGCCAACCUGUCCACUGGCUUUCGCCGAGGCAGAACGGUACCUGCCAACCUUGGUGGAGCGCUUGGAGGCUGUGGCCGACAAGGUUGGCCUUGGCCAGGAAGACAUCGUCAUCCGAAUGACCGGCUGCCCAAACUCCUGUGGCAGGCCUUCGAUGGCAGAGAUUGGCUUCAUUGGAAAGGCACCUGGCACCUACAACAUGUACCUAGGUGCUGAUUUCGUGGGCCAGCGCUUGAACACACUCUUUGCGGAGUCCGUCAAUGAGGACCAGAUUAUCCAGAUCUUGACACCAAUUUUCGGCCGCUUCGCGCAGGAGCGGGAGAAAUGCGAAAAGUUCGGAGACUUCCUGAUCCGCAAGCAGAUCGUCAAGCCGAUGAACAACGGCCGUGACUGGUGGACGACCCCGGAGGUCUGA